AUGGUAGUCUCCCAUGUUUAUACCCUUGUUUUUGCUGUUGCGCUGCUUGCAGCUGCUUCGGCUCAGGAUCUCAAAGAGCAUGUUUGGGGAAUCUUCGCCUUCACUGUCCAUGGAGACAGUAUACCGGCAGUUAUGCCGCAACGACCUCAAACAUUGACCCCAUAUGGUGCCAAUAAUCUAUACGCAGCAGGAUCCGCUUUUCGAAACCGCUAUGUUGCGGUUCAGGGAAAUGGGAGCAACCCGGGUACGAGAAUCGAAAACCUAUCUCCAUACGUGCUCGACGUCGACGAAGUUGAAGUUCUGUCGACUACCAGUCCAUCUGAUAUCGCCUCUGCCCAGGCUUUCAUGCAAGGACUCUAUCCGCCUCUCAACGAGACCUUCAGCGGUACAUAUGUUGAAUUUUCAUUCCAAAUGGCCAAUGGCUCUACGGCCACUGCUCCUUUGAAGGGGUAUCAAUAUCCUCGGAUUGAGGCCUUGAGCUAUGAGGACCCGCAAUCGCUGACGGUGGAUGGUCAAUCCUCUUGUCUCAUGCAUCAAAUAGCAGAUCUUGAAUACCAAACUAGUCCCGAGGCCCAGGAGUUUGCGCACGACUACGAGGGAACAUACGAUUUCCUUUACAACCAAGUCUUGUCUGGGUGGUUUGACCGGUCUUCAGUCAACUAUACCAAUGCCAAAGAGAUUUCCGAGUUUCUCGACUAUCAGUAUGUCCACAACGAGUCUUUAUUAGACAGCCUGACCCGAAGCGAUAUCGAGCUUGCUCGAUUAUAUGCAGACCAAUAUGUUUUCGCAAUGAAUGGUAACACGUCUACUACGUCGGUCAUUGGGAGCAGUGAUAUUCGGACCAUCGCCGGACGCACUCUGGCUGCCAACAUUUUGGAUGCCUUUGACAAUAAUAUCCACUAUCGCGGUACCGACGGGAAGAUGAAACUAGUCUUUGGUGACUAUGAACCGAUCGUUGCUCUCAUGUCUCUGUUGCGGCUGCAAUUUGCCCAGAACACUGACUCCUAUUCCCGCCCUGAUCUUGGGAGCUCAAUCAUCCUGGAGCUAUUCAGCCUGGAAAGCGCGGCCAACCCGACUUAUCCCGACCAAUCCCAGCUCUAUGUGCGGUUCCUCAUGCGCAACAGUAUCGACACCCCCGAAUUUAGGGUUUAUCCCCUUUUCGGGCACAGUCCCAGUAACAGUGCCAUCCCCUAUACGGAGUUCCAAGCGGAGUUGGAAAAGUUCGCCUUGGGAUCUACUCGUGAAUGGUGCCUUCAAUGUGCCUCGCAGGCCACGUUUUGUUCUGGGGUUCUUGACAGGCAGCAGGACUCACCAUCCACGAACACCAGUAAAGGCAUGCGUCCUGCCGUUGCCGGUGUCAUUGGCGCAGUUGUCACCGGCGCUACUUUGGCGAUUCUCGGCAUCGUUGGGUUCCUGAUAUUCGGUUUCCGAACCAACCGGUUUCGCAGAUCGACUCUGAAAGGGUUCAAAGGAAACAGCAAAAUGGCAAGUGAUCCUGAUGUCGCUUUUGAAAACCCCACAUGGGAGGACGUCAAGACUACCAACGACCAGAAUUCUCAGAAUCCGGGGGCUACUGGCCCUAUUGUGAGAGGGCACGAGCGUUCAGGCAGCUGGGAACUAAGAAAUCAAAAUGGAGGCAAUGCCCCUGGCGAGGAUUCGGUGUCCCCAUUUGACGAUGAGAAUGAAGAAGAAUGGCUUACCCAUAGUGCUUUGCAGGCAGUCACGGCUCAUGAGCAUGUCUGA